AACUACAACAACGACAUACGGGCUCUUCCUUUCUCACAAAUCGCCAUCAUGGGUCGUAUGCACGCACCAGGAAAGGGUAUUUCCCAGUCAGCUCUGCCGUACAGGAGGUCUGUCCCUGUGUGGUUGAAGCUCACCCCAGACGAUGUCAAAGAGCAGAUCUACAAGUUGGCCAAGAAGGGCCUGAAGCCAUCUCAGAUUGGUGUCAUCCUGAGAGACAGCAAUGGUGUUGCCCAGGUCCGAUUUGUUACCGGCAACAAGAUCCUGCGUAUCCUGAAGGCCAAAGGUCUUGCACCUGAGCUGCCUGAGGAUCUCUACAAUUUGAUCAAAAAGGCUGUCGCCAUCCGCAAGCACUUGGAGAGAAACAGGAAGGACAAGGAUGCCAAGUUCAGGCUCAUUUUGGUUGAAUCCAGAAUCCACAGGUUGGCCCGUUACUACAAGACCAAGAAGGUGUUGGCACCAAACUGGAAGUAUGACUCCCAUACUGCCUCAGCCCUGGUCGCCUAAAGACACUGUUAUUUAUCUGUACAGAAUGAGGAAAAAAUAAAGUGAUAAAGAAAUUCAA